UAUAAAUUACGAAAUUGACACCGCCUUUCAAAAUUCUUAUCGCUCGAGAGCAAAAUACGACUUGUGCGCUUACGGUUCAUAUGAUUUGUGAGUGAGAGUAAAGCAAUUCUUGGUUGAAUUCACUGCUUGGUAAACACUCUUAUACGUAUACAUAUAAUAUUUAAAGCUUGUUGUUAUUAAAAUCAUGAUCUAUAAAACUUGCAAAAAAUUCAUUUGAUGUUUCGCAACAUCGCAAAUUGGACGCACAGAGGCUUGAGCUUAAAAAAUAUACUUGAAUUAUGGCAGACGUGCAAUAUAUUCCGUUUAUUUUACUUUUUAUUAACGCUUCAUUAUUUGCUGCUAGUAGCACAUCGAUUCAAGAAGUUGAAGAUGUGGAUUUACAGCCCUUCAUUAAAGUUGGCAGCAAGUAUUAUUUAGUGACUCAGGGUUUAAAGCUGGAUUGGUUCGGAGCUGCUCAUUUUUGUCGUUCUUACGACAGUGAUUUGCUAACGAUUGAAUCGUUGGCCGAAAAGAAUGCUUUAUUUUCGUACUUAAAGUCGAUGUUUAGUGAUUUGCAUGUUUGGACAAGUAGCAACGAUUUGUCGGUGGAAGGCACAUAUAUGUCGCUGAAUAGUGGACGUUCAAUGCUUUAUACAUUCUGGAUGCACAACGAACCCAACAAUGCGGGCGAUGCGGAAGAUUGUGUACAAGUCGUGCUACAUAAUGAUAUCUUUGUAAUGAACGAUAAUAAUUGUGCAAAACAAAUGCAAAUUAUUUGCGAAAAGCGUUCACCGUUAAAUGCUCGUAAUUUCGCCACAAAAUCAAACUGUGAGAAUGUAACAGCGGAAUGCGGUUUCACAAAACUAGUGGAAGUGUUUCUACAAUCUGCAAAUAUAUUAAACUGCAGGACGUAAUAAUAAUAUGUAAAUAAACAUCUUUGCUUUUUUGUUAUUUAUUAGUGAGUUUGCUUUGUGUAGCUUGUGGUUUUGAUUGUUAAAAAAACAGUUAUAAUAUUGGUUGGAAAAUA